AUGAAGCUCCGUUCGAGAACCAUAUACUCGGCCGGCGCUGCCAGUCACCUGCGAUGGGCAGCCUUGCCUGCGGAGAUUCGACUGAUGAUUCUGGAGCAAGCUGAGAUCGGAAAUAUCAAAGCCCAUGAUUUGUCGAAUUGGGCAAGAGUCUCGAGGGAAUGGCAAACCUUCUUCGAACCGCAAAUUUUCCACCACCUGAAGCUUCAAUUUCCUGGUUCUGAUAUCGACGAUCUGAACUCUUGUGUUCACGGCUAUCGAAGAGAUCUCGUCAAGAAGAUCUCACUUCACGUAAGAACUGAAGAGUACGAUUAUGUUGACAAAUUCGACUGGCCAGAGAGCCGAGAUACGAUCAAGGCAAACAAUAAGGUCUUCAGUCAGGCCCUGAAGAAAUUGUUUGUUUCUCUUUCUACAUGGUCUUAUGACUCGCCUACGGCUGGCAUCAAAUUAAGCUUGUCCGCCGGCUCUCCGAGCGAUCCAAGCCACCCUUUGGAGCAUCACACAGGCACUCAGAGGAGUCAAUUUGAUAGGAUGCGUAUUUCCUCCUUGAGCUCUAGGCAGCGUCUUCUUGGCAACUUAUUAGACGCUAGCUCUGGCGCUCUCAAGCUUCCUCAGGUCUCUGUCGUCAACAUGUUUUCUGUAAAUCAAUAUUGCUACAGAAGCCUGACGAAGACCUUACUUGCGAAAGUUUUUCAUAGCCUUUGUCGUCUCAAAACUAUCAACUACGAGCCAUGGCAAGCAAUUACUCCUUUCGAACAAAUUUCCCGCGACGAGGCAACAACUAUGCUGCUCGACUGCGCGAGCGGAUUGGCCACGUUGGACUCUGUGCAUAUCUGGGAAGCGAAGUCUACACUGAAUGAACCCGCAUAUUUCUACAGCUUUGGCGACAGAUUUGGCAAGGAAGACCUUGUCUCUCGAGCGGUCGAUGCAAGCUACUGUCUCCAGUGUUUUACCGUUUGUCACGCUGUUGAUGCCAGAGACUUUUUUUGGCAUGCGUCGGGGGAUGCGCCGGCAGACCUUUCUCAGCCAUCAGAUGGUCUUGGUACAUGGCCAGCCCUCAAAUACCUAGCCUUGACGACGCAUAUCGAAGACCUGGUAUCCAGCCCGUCAGCCCUGGAAAGUCUGCUUCUUCAAGCAAGUUGGGCCGCUUCGCGCAUGCCUUUACUGGAAACAAUGGAAAUCUGGGCCUCAGGCUCCGACAAGGGGUUCAUCUUCAGAUAUCACGUUCGGGAAGGCUCGCCAUCGCUUGCCGUGAUAGCGACAUGGCAGCUCACAUUGAGCGAGAAGGCUUUGGGUGCAUGGAAACAAGUGGCAGCUAGCUGUGAAGGACACAAAUUAACCUACGACGUGAAGUUGACGACGUCAGAACUACCAAACUUUCCUUGUAAUCUGUUAAAACUAGGUUCACAACUGAGGGAGUGGAAACAAUUUUCGAGUUUGUAG